UCACCUUUCAUUCAGUAUCCAUAUCCCUCCCUUCUACCCAAACACCACAGUCUUAACGCUUAUUUUACAGAGAAACAAGUAUCAAAGAAGAGCAAAAAAAGUAUCCACAACAAUGUAUAUUUCACCGUCUGUAUCAAUACGCCUCCUUUUGGUCCCUAUCUUGGCCGUGGUGGCCAUACAACUUCUAUUUGUACGCGCUGUUUCGUCAGUGAAUAUGACAAAUCCGUACCUACACCAUAAAUGCUUUGUCACUCUAGGGAAAUACAAACCGGGAAGUCAGUAUGAGAAAAACCUAAAACGUAUCAUCAGUGAAUUCCCUAAAGGAAGUUUUAAGAGAGGUUUCAUCUCUAUGACCCUUGGUGAAAGUCCUGAUUUCAUAGUCAUGCUCUUUCAAUGCCGCGGAGACACCCACGGGCCCAAAUGCCGUUCUUGCUAUGCUACCGCCAAACCCGAGUUUUUUAAGAGAUGUCCAAGACACAAAGGUGGAAUAAUAUGGUACGACCAAUGUUCUUUAUAUUUUUCUACGAUCGAUUCUUUAGGCAUGAUCGACUACGACAACAAUUUCUGUAUGUCCAAUGCAACGAAAAUAACCGACGAUCUAUAUAACAAAGUCAAACCGCGGCAUUUCAUCGACGAUAUGAUACAAAAUGCCACUCGUGAUGCUAACCGAGAAGCGCCGUACUACACGACGGAGGAGAAGAGGGUGGGGAAGGAAACAAUAUAUGGAAUGGCUGAGUGCUCCUUUGACAUGUCGCAAAAAAACUGUAGGAAGUGUUUAGAACGAAAUAAUUUCUAUUUUGCGAGAUGUUUUUGGGAUAAACUAGGAGCCAGAGUUUUAGGUAAAAGCUGUAGUUUUAGGUAUGAGUUUUAUCCUUUCAUUUUACCUAAGGCCGGUCCUAAAUAUUUGAAGCCUUAAAAAGCAGUUUAUAGAAAAAGUAUUCGGAUCUUUUCUUUAUGCAAAUUUUAAAUUUUAUUUUAUAUUGAUAUCUUUUUAUUUAGACAAAAAUGUAAGAUGAAGUUUGAAUUAAUCUAUACUCCUCGUUAUAGACUAUAUUCUAUGAAGUUAUUUUAAAUUUUCUUGCAAUUUUUUUUACUGUUCUAAAAUUAUUUUAAGAUUUUAAUUCUAUCAAUAAAAAUAUUUCUUUUGAUAAAUCCUACCAACUAUCCGGUCGGCUAUGCUAAAAACGCAUCUAUUGAUACAUAGUAGACUAGCCUAAAAAUGUUCAUACCUUCUGACCUGAAUUUAAACAAUUUUCAAUUAAUAUCAGGAAGUGUACCAAUCGUCUCUUUCAGCCCAUCAUGUUAACCACUUUGGCAAAAUUUCAAAUUCAUACUCGCCAAACAACAAUAAUUUAACUAGUGGUGGUAGUUUAGUGGCGCUUGAGAGAAAUAAACCCAAUACGGUGAACCCUGGUUCGAACCUCGCUGGCCACACGAAUAUGAGUUAUUGCUUUCGGUUUAUUUGAAUGCCUAGAAAAUAAUCUGUCCAUGGGCUGUACCUCCACCCAAAACUUAGAUAUGUAUCUUUAAUAGAUCCGAAUUUAACCCUUUUAGUUUACAAAAGAAAAAAAACAGCAAUAAUUCAGUUUUAAAAAAAAUCGAGCUCAUGGCUAACGUGAAUACAUGAGAUUACUAUAAGACUAUUAUUGCUUGGUUAUUUUAAAAUCUAUACUAUAUUAAAAGGGAUAUAUGAGCUCCAUUGAGCCUGUCCACAUCGGCAUAAAAAAUCAACCAAUAGGAGAUCAGAUAUUCGCCACGUCAGACGCUCCGCGCGUGUCAUUUGGGCCUCGCAUUCUACAGGCCCGAUAGUGUUCGGAAUCGAAAAGUCUGUGUCUCUCUGAAGUCCCCUUUCUCCUUUGCACGAAGAACCAACCCUAAUUUAUCAAAAUGGAUCUUCGAUCCCCUUUCUCUUCCUCUUCUCUGUUUACUACGUUACACGAAUCUUUAUGGCUCGGAGGAGGAGCGGAGGGAGGCGGUUUCUAGUGUUUCUUGAUGCACGAUGGGCACGAGCAGCGACCCGAUCCAAGACGGUUCCGAUGAGCAGCAGAAACGAUCAGAGAUCUACACAUACGAAGCGCCAUGGCAGUCUACGCAAUGAACUGGAGCGUCCGCUGCGACAAAAAGUACCAUCUCGCCAUCACCAGCCUCCUCGAGCAGUACCCGAACCGAGUCGAAAUCGUCCAGCUCGACGAGUCUAAUGGCGAGAUCCGCUCCGAUCCCAACCUCGCCUUCGAGCACCCUUACCCUCACACAAAGACCAUCUUCAUCCCGGAUAAGGAAUGCCAGCGCCCCGAUCUCCUCGCCACCUCCAGCGACUUCCUCCACCUAUGGCGAAUCGCCGACGAUCACUCCCGCAUCGAGCUCAAGUCGUGCCUCAACAGCACUUUCUCGGUUUGGAAUGUACAAGGUUGAGCUUUUGUGCAAGACAGUUUCGGACACCAGGAUGAGAUCCUAGCCAUUGAUGCGCUGAGGAAGGAGCGUGCACUUACUCUUGGAAGAGAUAGAACCAUGCUAUUACACAAGAUGUCUGAGACCAGUCGUACGAUUUACCGUGCACCUGCAUCGUCUCUUGAGAGAUGCUGUUUCAUCAGUGAGACUGAGUACCUGUCUGGUUCGGACAGGAAUGCACUGUUGAAAAAGAAACCAGUGUUUCUCCUUAAGAAUGCACAUUCCGUUUUAGUUGGUGUAAUCACCACUAAUGGUAAUUGAAUCUUAACAUCAUUUAGUUGCAGAGAUCAUGAUGCUUUCUUCUUUUCCUAAACCAGAAAAUGGUGAUCAUGAUUGUGUGGAGUAUAGCAACUCUUCCACAACGAGUUCUUGGGUGAGUUCAGCUGCUGUGUGAAGAGGUAGUGACUUUGCCGCAUCUGGAGCUGGUAAUGGUUUUGUGCAUUUGAUGGUUGUUGAAGCAAGUGCCCUUUGGAUCUUUAUUCAAGCUUCCACUGAUAAAGUUUAUUUCCUUAAUGUUUUCUAAUAUUAUGUUGAUGCAUCUGUUGUUUCUGAGAGUGGUUAAGAGAAAAGCAUUUCACUUCACCAAGUAGUAAUCUCACAGUGCUUCUUUUAUCAUGUUAGAAGACUGGAUUUGUGAACUCUAUGGCAUUUGCAAAAUCUGGUAAAUUUUUGAUUGCUGGUGUUGGACAGAGACGAGAUUUGGAAGAUGGGGAUGCAUAAAAUCUGCACAGAAUGGUGUGGCAAUACAUCCCUUAAGGCUGUCAUAAGGAUUUAAUGAAGAGUUGGUACUUGUAUUUUUCUGAAUCUCAAGUUAUGUAAUGGCUUCUACUACAAGAAGUUUUGCUCCCUUUUUGUUUGUUUUAUUGUACCCUAUUUUUUUAUAAUACAAGAGUGAGAAGAACUUUAACUUU